AUGUCGUACAGAGGCCAUAACUACAACGCAAUGGCACCCGGGGGGCAGACGUUCUCCAACAGUCCAUAUACGAGCAAUAUGGGGUCCACGGGGGCUCGCGGGCGCAGCUCAGAGCUGUUCCAGAAGUUCGAGCGAUUUGCGAAGCGCAUAGAGGACGUGACGGACCACCCGCUGGUGCAGCGGUUCGUGCCGUACACACCGCUGAUUGCGCGGUUUUUUAUUGUGGCCACGUUCUACGAAGACUCGAUCCGGAUUCUGUCGCAAUGGCCGGAGCAGGUGUCGUUUCUAUCCUACUACCGGCGCUACCCCCGAGUUUUCGUAGUGCUGUUUUUGAUGGUGGUCGCGGUGCUGAUGAUGGUGGGGGCCACGAUGAUCCUGCUGCGCAAGCAGCAGCUGUAUGCGACUGCGAUCCUAUGCGCGUGUAUCAUCUCCCAGGGAUUUGUGUACGGGCUGUUCUCCGGCACCUCCUUCGUGUUGCGGAAUUUCAGCGUAAUCGGCGGGUUGCUGAUUACCUUCGGUGACUCCAUCGUGCAGAAGCGCAUCACAUUCGGCAUGCUGCCGGAGCUAACCAGCAGGGACGGCCGCACCAAGGGCUACAUCCUGCUUGCCGGCCGCAUACUCAUAGUUCUUAUGUUUGUGACCUUUACCUUCGGCAAGAGCUGGUUGACUGUGUUCCUCACCAUCGCGGGCACCGUGUGCAUCGCCGUCGGCUACAAGACCAAGUUUGCCUCCAUCAUUCUUUGCCUGAUCCUCACCUUUUACAACGUCACUCUCAAUAACUACUGGUUGUACGGCUAUGCCAAGAGAGACUUCUUGAAGUACGAGUUCUACCAAAACCUAAACAUCAUCGGUGGCCUGCUUCUAGUCCUGAACACCGGCGCCGGCACCAUCUCGUUUGACGAGAAGAAAAAGAUCUACUGA